AUGGUAUGCGCUUUCGACCGUUCGGCGGCUACAGCUUCGCUCCCUUCUUCUGUAGUCUCGUUGCCCCCUCUUGAUACGUACUACACUUAUACUCUUCACUCUUCAAUACUACUCGUGGUGACGCGUAGACGAGAAGAAGAACGUCCCCGCGUGAGCGGUGGCGUAAGAAGUGCUGGAGGUGGACCAGGAGGACGACGAGGUGUCGUGGUGUUUGCAGAAUCACCUGUCAGCUCUUUAGCAGGUGUUCAAGGAGGUUAUGGUCCAUCAGAGGAGGGAGUGUUCGGGGUAAUAUCAUCAUCGUCGGGAUCGAGACACGGUGACUACCGCUGUGAUGUAUUGGACUCACCCUCGUCAUCACGAUCAAACGAGUUCAUCGAUAUACCAUAUUCAUCAGACCGGGUGGGUGUCGUCAGUGUUGGUGUCGGAAGGACGUCGAUUGUGAGCAGAGGGUUGCCGGGUGUGGUGCCUUCAGCCCGCGGCCUGGCCGGGAGUCCGGGUGACGACGAGGUCAGUGGAGGAUGGAGUGACCUACGUCGUCAUCCCCCGGAACGACUAAGACACGGAGCUGGCGGCGGUAGUAGUUUUGGUACCGAACGGCUGCUUCUCGACUCCGACGACGAGGAAGAGGAAGAAGACGAGGAACUCCUCGACGAGUACCAGGAAGAUCACGCGGAGAAAGAAAAAUUCCACCCGGGGGAGCACCUGGAAGUGGAGGCGGAGGAGAAGCAGCCGGCAAUGUCUAGGCAGUCCAACCGGAUCACUGAACGGGACUUUAGAGAACGCGAUUUUCGGGAACAACGUGGCGAUAUAAGGGACCGCGGCGCCGUUUCUGCCCCAUCUGGGGACCACAGACCGCUGAUUGACGAGCACCUGCCCAGGAGACAACACAGAGACAGAGAUCGCGACGCUGAUUACGAUUAUGAGCACAGUGCUACCGCUGCUACUGCGUCUUCCACUCAUACCAAUAAUCCGGUGAGUUUUUACCAUCACUAUCAUCAUCAUCAUCAUUAUCAUCAUCUUCUUCUUAAUUUAUAUUUAUUUAUUUAUAUUAGACAUUUGUAUAUAUUUUAAUUUAAUUUAAUUUAA